AUGGCACUAAAGUCCGGUGCUGCUAUUGUAUUAACGCAGCACCCCCUCAUUUCCCGUCAUUGGUCAAAGAACUCGAGAUUGCCAGGGGACGACUACAACAGCGCAGAUAUGAGCGAGCGUCUGUUUUCCAGCCUCGAAUCAGUUCUCAGCCUGCCCGCCUCCCAGGCUUCACGGCUCGGUGCCCUCACUUGUGCGGGGAUAUGCCACGACACUGAGCAGAUGCACAUCAAGCUGCUUUACCGGUACCCGCAAGCCCCUGACGCAGUAAAUCCCAGCCGUCCGCCCCGAGUCCGCCACCUUGCCGAGAUCCUCGGAAUUUUCCAGGGAUCCUCGGUUAACUCCACCCUUGGUCUCUACAUCAGUAUUGACGAGCGACUUCGUCUCGCGCGCGACCUUGCCGCUGCAGUCUUCGAAUUCCAUAAGAUCCAGUGGUGGCACAAGAACAUCUCCUCUUACAACGUCCUCCUCUUCUUCUACGACGACACCGCCCUUCCCUCUCUCUCCUCCUCGGUCCGCAGAGCAACUGACCCCCCAUUUAGCAAGCUCGUUCUGGGAAAACCAUAUAUGAUUGGGUUCUCGCACAGCCGGCCCGAGAACGCGGGAUACUCGAACAAGAUGCAUGCCCAGCCUGCUGUCUUUCCGUACCGCCACCCUGACUACGCGGGUGCCGACGCUGUGGAUGACCGGACAUCCCCGGGAUUCCUCGCUGAAUACGACUAUUACAGUUUGGGUCUCGUGUUGUUGGAGAUUGGCAUGUGGGAACGGCUGGGACGGUUCUUUGUGCAGGAUUACACCCUCUCUCGAGAUAAGAUGAGGAGUCAAAUUGUUGAUGACUUGGUUCCUGUGUUGGAGGGAACGCUUGGGUCGUUGUAUUCCUCAGCAGUGAGGGCUUGUUUGUCUGGUGAGCUGAGUGGCAACGGGGAAGAUGCCGAUCCUGCUUCUGUUGACGAGAUGUUUGAGCGCAUGGUUUUGAGGCCGCUGGAGACGUUGCUGCGGCGGUUCGAUGGCGUUUGA